AUGAGAGGGAACCCCGCUACGCCGUCCAAGGCCUGCCAGCCAUGCCGCAUCAAGAGACGAAAGUGUGACAUGCUACGCCCAGGAUGCUCACAGUGUCGAAGAGCGAACAUUGAGUGCGGGGGGUAUCGGGAUGCCUUCUCGUUACGGCUCCGCGAUCAGACGUCCCUUGCCGCUCGCAAGACCCAUGAACGAAUCACCAGGAGUCGGAGCCCAGCGCCCAAAAUUGAAUCUGAUAAGAAAAUUAGCAUGAACGCUCUUAUUACCCGGGAAUUACCAGAUACCCCGGAGACACUAGCUCUAAGCUAUUUCAUGCAUAUUUAUGCACCGACUGGUGCAUUCGAGUACUUGGUCGACGUGUCCGCUACAUAUCUGACUACGGGGUCUCUAGGGGAUGCCCUUCUAGCCCCAUCACUUCUUCUAUUUGCACAAAAUCUUCGUUUACCAUCGGUCCAGUCUCUUGCGCAAUCGCAUUAUGCUAGGGCAUUGAGGUCGACAAAUUCUGCCCUUUCAUCUCCAGAUCUAGCAACAAGUGAUAGUACUCUUUUGGCAGUCUUGCUCCUGAGUUUAUUCGAGGCUUUAGACUUCCAAGGGCGAGCAAUCCCAGUGAAUUGGAAUGCUCAUACUCGCGGGGCCUCCGGAUUAUUACGACUUCGAGGCGAUCGACAGUUCGACAAUUCCCUCGGCCGCCAUUUGUUUCGACAUGCCUCUUUGAACAUUAGGACCCAUUGCGCUCAACUUGGCGUAACAACACCUUCUCUCUUGAGCACACUGGAAUCGGCCCAUCUCGAACAGAUAUACCCUACUGGGCGGACUCGCCAGUUCGGACAAGUGGUCGAUGCCAUUGCAAAUUUGCGGGCCAACGUGAAGCAUCUCUCCGCAAUUGAACACUUGUUCAAGCUUUUUGAGCUGGACGCCGAGCUUGCAACCAUAUUGGACGAUCUGUGGAUAGAUGUUCCUUACGAAAUCGUCGAUGCCACCGCUAUCCAAGGAUCCGUAUACACCUACAAGAAUAAAGUGUAUCGAUACCCGUCUCAAAAACUGGCACGGGCGUGGAACAUGGUCCGGAUAACAAGACUAUUCAUCAUCCAGAUGUUAAGCUAUGCUCUAGCCUCUCCUCGUACACUUGAAUUCUCAAAGGUUGUGCGGACUCGAGUUCAAGAGCUUGUCUCAGUAACUGGCACCGAGUUGAUAUCCGACAUUCUACACAGCGUUCCAUUCGCACUUGAGCUCUCGAUCAACCCGAUAGUCUCGGCCAGGUCGCUUAUUUACCCUUUAUCUGGGAUUGCGGUAUUUGAAUUUGCAUUACCCGACGCUGCCGAGUUUGCUCUCAAUAUAUUAGGGUUUAUUGGGAGGCAGUAUGGUUUUCCGCAUGCCAUUGACUCGGCCAAUAUGAUUUUACAAACUAAAGAUUUAGAGGAUUGGUAA